UAACUAGGAGUCGCACUUCUCCAGCUCUACAUAUUUGCUGAGGAGGUUGGAGGGAGGAACAGACUAGUCCUCAGCCUGAAGGGGGAGAGGAGCACACAGAGCUGGAGCCUCAUUCAGCAGCAGAACACACCAGGAGAAAGAGCUGGAGAAGUGUGACAUAAGAACAUUUAUACUAGUCCUGCACAGCUCUAGCUCCAACAGCAGCAGUAGCGGUGUACAAAAAAAAGGUCGGAUCCUGGACGUAAACAAGUGUGGAGCCAGACAUUGCUCUGUCUGCUGGGGAUUCCUAUAGCAACAAGUGAGAGAAAGAGAGAGAUCUGCACAACUUGGUGUCACCCACACAGCCUUACUGGGGGAAACAAAAAAUCAUGAGGAAUAUGUGGAUACUAUUAAGCUUUGCCUUGCUGGCCCUGGUGUCUGGGGAGACGAUGGUGGCCACAACAUCAGACAAAGACUUGUAUAUUGACAACACAUCAGUUGAAGAAUCCUCCGGAGUGUAUCCCAUUGAUGACGAUGACUACUCUUCUGGUUCAGGAUCAGGAGUUGUAGACGUGGAUGACAAAGAAUUGGCAGAACAGCUUCCGACCAUUAGGGCAGUUCCAGAAAAUCUACCAAUUAGUGAUGCUCCAGUAGUCGCCUCGACUACGCCAAAGAUGCAGACAAGCAUAGUCCUAAAUCCAGAGGAACCUGUGGAAAAGAGUGAUAAUGAUCUCUUAGAACGUACAUCCAACAACAAGGUAGAGGUGAUCACGGAGAAGCAGUCAGAUAACCUAUUCCACAGAACAGAAGUACUUGCAGCGGUCAUUGCCGGUGGAGGCAUCGGCUUCCUUUUUGCAGUUUUCUUAAUCCUGCUGUUGGUUUACCGCAUGAGAAAGAAGGAUGAGGGCAGCUACGACCUUGGAGAACGAAAACCAUCCAGCGCUGUCUACCAAAAGGCACCAACUAAAGAGUUUUAUGCAUAAAAUCUACUUAUAGUGUCUCUUUUUACGAGAUCACUGAACUUCUUUUUUUUUUUUUUUUCGUUUAAAUAAAGCUUUUGCAUAGAAUAAUGAAGAUUUCAUUUUUUUUCAUUAAAGAGCCUUGGAGGCAACUAUAUGAUAUGAGAGAAAUCCCAUUGUAUUAAAAAAAAAAAAUGAAAACACUUUUCAUGUAUUCUUUAAUUAAAAAAACAAAAAUUUGAAAAAAAAUCCUUGCAUUUUUGAGUGGGUAGCAGUGGCAAAGUAUUAUCUUCUAAGACCAUUGGUAUUCACAGAGACGUCUCAAACCUUUAUGGAUAAAAAUGCAAACCAUGAAAACGGUUUCAUGAUCAAUCAUCGGGUCUAGGGAAGGCUGUUGAAUAUUUUUUUAGCAUGUCUCGGGAUCGUUCAAAAUUUAGUUCUAUUUCAUUAAUUUAUCUGUUUUUCCAAAUAAAUGCCUUUAGUAGUUGUCAUGGUGCAAUUGUCUUAGAACUCAGAUAUACGGUAUAAUAGUGUAAAUGUAUUUUUUUUCUUCCUAUGUAAACAUAAACGAAAUCUGUAUAAAUCUGUGUAAUGAUAUUCAUUUUUUUUACACUACCGCUCUUCUAUUUUUGUUUUAUUUUUUUCUGACCAAUUUAUGCUGACUAAUGUGUAAAAAAAUAAAAAUAAAAAAUGGGAUAUCUAUAUACAAGCGGUUUACUUACAGUAGUAAGCUACUCUUUUUUAAAGGUGCAUUUUCUCUUAAAUGGAGAAUCUUCGGUAGUACGUACAUUGUCUCUAAGGUUUACGGGAGAGAAUUUUUCACCUGUUCUGUUUCAUAAUGCAAAACCAACAUUUAUUUACAAAAAAUAAAUUAAAUCUGAAAUUAUUUGUAAAUCUUGGUUUUGUCCGCAGUCACUCUUCCCAUACUUCUGAAAGUUUUUAAACUUUAGCUUUCGGUACAGGAGUAAAUAAUAGGGAAGUUUAUAUAUAUUUUUCUUAUUUUUGUAUUGUUUGUGUAGCAAUAUUUAGUUUGGCAUGUUUUGGCUUUUUUGUUUUAUUUUGUUAAUUAUUGCUUUGCUUUAAUUUUUUUUAAUUUUUUUUUUUAAAUCGUGUCCCAAGACUAGUUACUGCCUUUUGAAUUACAAACAAGAACACUACAUUGGUGGAAGUCCAGGAAUUUGGAGACCCACCAAUAAUCUUAAAGAGGGGAUCUGAAAUUUGGUAAUUUUUCUGCCCUCUUUGGCUAUGACUCUUUAAGCUUCCAGAAAUUUCACUGUCGGAAUACUUAUCUAGCAUUAGGACCCCUUUUGUGUGAAAGAUGUAGAAAACUUUUGUUUGUUUUUUUGAUUGGUGUUUUGCUUUUGGGGUUUCUAUUCUGCACUUCAUAAAGAGCCUUAGCAGAAUUUUUGGUGUUAAAUCUACAACCAGAGGUGAGCGAAACUACGACAGGUCAGUCCAAAACUUAUUAUUAUGGCUCGGGUGUCAAAUUGUUUAGUCUGGUAAGUAAAACGUUAAGAGGGGUACUCCACAUCUAGACAUCUUAUCCCCUAUCCAAAAGUGUCCGAUCGCAGGAGUUCCAGCGGUGGGACCCCCGCGUUCAGACAUCUUAUCCCCUAUCCUUUGAAUAGGGGAUAAGAUGUCUUUGGGUGGAGUACCCCUUUUAAUGUGCAUGUUUUUUUCAGACUAAGCAAAUCAAUGGCCGAUCCAUCACUACAAACAGUAGUUUUGCUCACCUCCGUCUAUGACUGUAAUGCAGCAUUUAGAAAUUAUAGCUGUAGCCAUGACUGGGGUGUAGAUUUCAGAGAGGUACUUAUAUUUGUCUGUUAAACCUUCUUACUGGUAAAGAUGAAUCUCUGCAAAUCUAUACAACAUUUGAAAUUCCUUUAAAGGACAUGCUAUAAUUUUUAAUUUUUAAGGAUUUGUUUUGGUGUAAAAGAAAAAAACUGAUGGAAACUUUUAUUCUCUCGGACGAUAACGCGAGCCUUAGAAAUAAUGUUGAUUUCAUUUUAGGAGUGAAUGCACCUUUACCAACUCCUGUACAGGAGCGGGCCAGUCAUACAAUGCAUAUAAUGAUGUGCGGGAGAAUCUGGCUACAAAUGUAUUACAUAUGUGAUGAACCAGAAUGAGACAAUAGGAGGCUCUUCAAGAGUCUGAAAGCCUCAGGAUGCUUAAUCCUGUUAUGGACAAUGGGGAAGAGUCAAAUCCAAAGACUAUAACAGUAUUCUGACAAAGUUGCAGAAGUCCAGGCCACUGUACAAACUCCUUCCCAUUAUGUUUUUUUUUUUUUUUUCCGAAGGUACGA